CUCUCUGGGCUAACUCUCCGUUAACCUUACUUGAAACUCCAGGCCGGACGGAUCUCGCGUACACGAAGACUCACGAUUCGGUCGUUUCGAUCUACUAGAUUUAGUACGAUCGAGAGUCGGCUUUACGAGCGCGAAUGGAAAGAAGCAACGCCAUCGAUCGAAUCCAAUCGUGCAGACGAGGACACUCUAGACGUUUACAACGUGUUGAGAAUGACACAGGGUUUAAUCGCGCGCUUUUAAUCAAUGGGUGAAAAGUCGGAGAGGCCGCGCGGCUGACGCGAGCCACCCAGAAUCGUUCGAAUCGAGGCGCAAUUAUCGCGGCCGCAAUUAUUUCGACGAUUCCGCCGGGCUUAUUCCGCUGACCCUUCCUCGCCGAGUCGCAGGAUGGAAGGUUCGUUAACGGCUCGCGAACGGCAAUCGUUACUGUUUAAUUAAGCGUAUUUUUGACGCGUCUCGCGUGCAAACUUCGACCUGAUCGUCUACCAUUCACCGCUCGCCCGAUUUUUCAAACCGAGCCGAAAACCGAUCGCCGUCGAACAACGAACGUUUCCCCUUGGUUGAGUCCUCCGUCUUUCAUCCGAAUCGAGACCCGCUUCUUCGAGGCCUCUCUCGUCCUCGAGACCCGUCUUCGAUUUCAUUUCGUACUCCUUCUCAUCCUUCGCAUCUUCCCUUCGAUCGCAUUCAGCGCUCCUCUUACGGUUUAUGAACGUGAACGCGCCCGUGUGUGGGAAACGUCGAUUUUCACGCGAGCCAUAUGUCCGCGCACCUUUCGUCCAACGCAUCCUUCGACUAUCAGAACGAUGGGAAUAUUUAUUCCUAGGAAAAUAGAGAAUUCCGCAAGAUGGAAGGAGCAGCUGGCCGAAAGUAAGAGGCAGGUAGCGUGGUAAAUCGGGUAGAGAGGAGUGAUCGUCGAGAAACGGACACCUGCUGCACCGAGGUGUCCUUCGACCGUCGAAAAACCACCGGUCGCGAUCCUUCUCUUUUCACGACCAAUGUACCCUCUUGCUAAGAUUCCACGCGAUUCCAGUUGAGUAGUAGUAGCCGCGAAGUUGACCCUUAAACAGGACGUUCAUCCUCGUUAAAUUUCUCGGUCGUCGUUCGUCGUUCCUAGCGGUUAUUUCGGGAGAGAAAAAUUGUGCGGGGGUCGGUAGCAGGCUCGCCGAUGAAAAAGCUCAACGACAGACGGCCGCGCGAAUGUUUGGCAGUCCCUUGGGCCUAGCCCACGGCGGUAAGAACCACCUGCCGCAUAGGUCGGUGGGGGCAAGCUGUUCUCGCACUUCCAACCUUUUUUAACCGUCGUCUUCUCUCUUCUCCUCAAUGGCUUUACCUUAUUCUGCCUCGUCUUCAUCAUGCCCUACGCGUUUCCCUCCGAUCCUUUUUUCUCUGUCCUCGUCGAACACGUUCGUUCGCCGUUCGUCUUCCGUCCAGCCGCUGCCACCUUGGCUACCAUCGCCAGCAUCAUCGUCACCACUAGCAUCGCUACUACCAUCACCACUACCUCCGACACCAUCGUCCUAUACAUAUAUAUCCAUACGAACGAACGACGACCGGUUGUACGUUGCGCGCUGCGCUACGCGCGCACCAAACCGUAGUGGGGGACGCGGCGAUCGGGGAGAAGCCGACCGGUGGGGGGUAGCGCCGAUGCUAUGCGACCCCAAGCUCAGUCGUCGCGCGACCCUCGUCGAGUGUGUUCGCGUGAAAGUUACUUGGUACUGGAAUUUUUUAACGCUCCUACAAAUACGUUACCCUUAUAGUGUUCUUACUGGAAACUGACUUGUACGAUAUUCGGGGACUGAACAGUGUCUUUAUUCGCAUGUUGCAAGUUUUACAAUCGUUUCGCCGUACACUUUCUCCAUCUUGACACAUUUUUCGAUUUAUUUUCGUCCCGUUGCUCUCGCUUCCUCGCUCGUCCCUCGCUAUUUUUGCAUCGACUGACCGUCUCGCGAAAACGUGAUGGGAAAGUGAAGUUUCACGAACAGAAAGACAAAGCACGUAGGUGGCGAUCGAGUAUCGCAGGUUGGAGCGGUUGGACGAAGAUCCACGUACCAAAGGUGGUACGCGAGAACGCGUAUAAUACCUGUGAGUCUCACCAGCGGAACAAAGGAGUGCCUUAGGCCGGACGGUUGCAACGUGGCGUUUUGAAAUCGCGCGCAAACCUUCCUUUUUUGUCUGUCCCGCGGACGGACGGAUGCUCGCGAUGGAAAUCACCGUGCGAGCCUCGUCGUUCUCGGCGAACCUGCUGCAACGAGCGUGCCGCUGUUGAGAAAUCGCCUCGAGUGGGAAACUAUCGAGCACCCAAGCGUCGGGCACCCAAGACGAUGGGAGGAUACUUUUUUGAGCCAGUGGAUCGUGAAACAAUUCGCGUGGGUCUACCAUCCAGGUAGUCGUGAUUCGUUCGAAAACGUCGAUCGUAUACGAAUCUGGGAAGAAUCGCGACCGAUGAAGCUUGUUGUCGUCUUCGUUUUACCGAUUUCGACGAAGGGAGAGAGAUACAGUGCGAAGAGAAGGUGCGAGAGUGAAACAACGAGUGAUAGAAUAGAACGAAUAUCGAGUUAUGCGUGCAGUGGUUUGUUUUGUGGUUUGACGAGCGUGAUCGAGAAGAUCGAUACGAUCAUCGAUGCCGCGUGUUGGCAAAACUCGCGCACCGCCGUCGUUUCUCGGUGAAAGUCGCUGCAACGCGGAACUCUGUCCUCCAGUGCGAAUGGAGCCGCGCAAUUUGCGUCUCUCGUUGUUCCGUUCCACUCGAACCGUUUGUGGAAUUCGUUUUGCCCAUAGAAUGGAUAGGAUUCGAUUGCCGAGCACCGCGGCAAUUAUCGUCGUUACCUUGCUGCUCCUGCAUCCCGCAGCGGCACAGGGUCGCGUCGAGGAAACGCAGAUGGACACGCACGAGGGGUCCACCGUACAGCUGCAGUGUCGCUUCUCCCCGCCAAGGGAAAACGUAACUUGUUUCUGGUUGACGCAUACCAAUGACAAUCACGAUAACGCAGCGAUAGACAAUCUCGCGUUAUCGCCUCAGUACAAGGUGUUCAUGAACCUAGAGGAAGGUCGAUACGAUCUUCAGAUACGAAACGUAUCGUACGAAAGGGACAACGGCAAGUACGAGUGCCGUGUGAAGGCGAGCGGCACCGGGCACGACCUGCACCGCAAGUUCAUCACUCUGACUGUACUUAGAGCGCCUGGGCCACCGACGAUCUCGCCGACCUCGGCGUCCGCCACCGAGGGCCAAAAGCUCGAGUUGCAGUGUAACACGAACGGCGGCAGCCCCGAGCCGGAAGUCAGAUGGUACCGCGGCAACGAGACCGCCGUUCUUCACUCCGGCAGAACGUUGUCGGUCGAGCCGAAAAAAGAGGACGACAGAGCGACUUUUCGUUGCGUGAUCAGGAACCGGGCUAUGCGCGACGGUGAAACGUUGAAUGCCACGGUAACCCUUGAUGUCAACUACUUUCCGCGGGUUACCGUGGGUCCGGAAAAUCCUCUGAAAGUCGAGGUAAAUGGAACCGCGAACCUCGAGUGUCGUGUCGACUCGAAACCAACCGUUGGUAUGGUACGAUGGUGGCGGGACGGAAGUUUCGUGGCCACCAGCUUUCAGCACACCAUACGAAGAGUCACCGUCCAAGAUGCCGGCAAAUACACCUGCCAGGCGGACAACGGACUUGGAAAGAGGGGCGAGAGUUCCCUCUUAUUGGACGUUCUUUAUCCACCGACCGUCUCGAUAGAGGGCGAUCCUCUGAGGAUCGCCGAGGUCGAGGACACGGUGACCGUGCACUGUAACGUGACUGCAAAUCCUCCGCCGACGGUGAUCGAGUGGUUGCGUGACAGCCGACCAGAUUUUCGACAACUCGGUUCAAUUCUUCGGUUGAGCCGCGUCACGGCCGAUCACGCCGGAAAUUAUACCUGUCGGGCGGUGAACACGAUCUAUCCUUCUGGCGGCGAGAGGCGAAACUACUCAGCCACUGCUCGGUUAACCGUUCGAGUCAGGCACAAACCGGGUCCAGCCAGGGUCACUCCGGACUCGCCGGUUGCCGUCGAGGGGUCCAGAGUUAUUCUCACUUGUAUGGCAAGUCCAGCUGGUUAUCCAGAACCCAGGUACAAAUGGUGGAAGGAGGGUGAGUCUGGAACGAUAUCGAUGCCCUCGGAGAACACCGGCCCGAGAUACGAGAUCGACUCGGUUCACUUGGGCAGCGAGGGAACGUACAAGUGCCAUGCCACCAACGAGAUAGGCAACGGAGAGGCCGCGUCCGUUAACCUGACCGUACACCAACCGCCCAAGAUAUUGACCAAGUUGCAACCACACGUUACCAGGAAGGUCGGCGAAUCAUCGUUUCAAGUGUCCUGCGUGGCGCAGGGCAAACCCCGACCAAGUGUUCGAUGGUUGAAGGACGAUCAAGAGCUCACCGCGGAUGAGAGGCUCUACAAGGUGACUACAACAGCCUCGGAGGGUCACGGGAACGUGAUCACCGUGAAUUCAACGCUGAGCUUCCUGGGCCAUGCCCGACCGCAAACGGACGAGAUCGUGGCUAGCGAUCGAGGCAAAUACACCUGCGUGUUCGUGAACGAGGUCAAGAAGGUCGAGUCGACGAUGAUGUUGAAGGUGGAACACGAGCCUAUCGCUUUGCAUCAACACGGCAAAGUCGCGUAUAAUUUGAGGGAGACGGCCGAGGUGGCGUGCAAAGUCCAAGCUUGGCCGAAACCCGAGUUCCAAUGGAGUUUUGGCACCAACGCGGCCAGUUUGCAAGGGUCAUCGAGCGACGGUCACUACGAGAUUUCCACGAGCAGCGACAACUACGACGUGUACACAUCCGUGCUCAGGAUAACCAACAUCCGAGAGUUGGAUUACGGAGAUUACAGUUGCAGAGCGGCAAACGCUCAAGGUAGCAUCACUUCGACCAUUCGACUGCAACCGAAAGGCGCACCGGAGAGACCCAUCAACAUCACGGCGAUGGACGUCGGCCCUACGCACGUAGCUUUGCUCUGGGAGCUCGGUUUCGACGGUGGAUUGCCCAUCACUAAAUACUUCGUCUCUUACAGAAGAGUACCCGGUGGUGAUGAAAUCGUAGCGCCGGAUUGCGCCGUUCCUAGACCACCGGCUGGUCAGUGGCUCGAACUAGACUGUCGUCGAUCUAAUCCGUGUAACGUGACCAGCCUAGAGCAACAUCAGACGUACACGUUCAAGGUUAAAGUGUACAACACGAAGAACCACUCGGAUUAUUCCGACGAGGUAACAGCAACGACCGCAGUUGCCAAAAUUCCGGCGCCGUUGAGAGUUAGCUACGAUCCAGAGAGCGGGAUGCUGGCCAUUAGUGUCGGCGCCACUUGCCUAUCGCUGGUGUCGUCGAUUGAGAAGUUCGAUGGGCCGUCUUCCUCCACGGAUGAAUCGCAGUGGAGGAUUCUCGACGAGUGGCCUCUCGAGGUACUUGGAAGCGCUCCUACUCAAAGGGAGGGUGUCCUGGAUGACCUAGAAUCUCUCGAUACCGAACCUAGACUCAGAGUUAGAUUGUGUCUGAAGGCUGAUCGGCAAAAAUGUGGCGAAUACGCGGAGGCUGAAAUUGGUCCUUCGUAUAUCGCACAAGCUGGAGCUCUUGCAACACCGACAUUGAUCGCCCUUGUAGUCAGCGGUGCCGUGUUUCUGUUGUUCGCCGCGCUGUUAUUGCUCUUUUGUCGGUGUCGGCGAAAACACGUCACCAAGGCGAAGGACUACGAAAUGGACUCGAACGCGGUUCGUCCGAGCCUCGUCGCCGGAAACGGACAGCAGAGCCAAGCGCCGCCGCCCUACUACGCGGAGAACAAAGCCCUCGAACACAGUUUGGAUCACGCGCUGGCCAUGGAGGACUCCAAGACCCCGGCGUACUCGCAACCUGGCUACGGUUACCAUCAACCGAACCACAACAUCAAUGGCGUCAACAUGGGCUACAUGGACAACAGCUACUCGAACUCGAAUAACGGGGGCUCGGUGAACUCGCAAGACUCCAUCUGGCAGAUGAAGUCGGCGGCCGCGAACGGCGUUGGCCAGUCGUACGACCUGGCGGGCUACGCAACCACCGAGUCGGAUUACCCGACCCACCCUCAUUACCUCCCACAGAGGGAGGAUUACCGGGAGAGCCAUAAUCUAAGUCGACAGCAGUUUUGCUCGGAACCAUUCGCCACCGUCGUAAAGUCUCAAAAACACGUCGAUUCACCGUACGACGUGUCUGGUCUACCUUAUCAAGAGAACUACGACGAGGACGCGAAGCCACCUCAGCAGGUCAGCCUAUCGUACGACGAGAGUCUCGAAUCGGGCUACUCGACUCCGAACAGCCGAGGACGCCGGAUUAUUCGUGAGAUAAUCGUUUGAGAUCUGCCUACCGGCUCGCGAGCCGGAAGCACCCGCACCACAUGGCUAUAGCAGGAGGCCACUCCCACCGGAGCCACGUAUCACCCGGUGGACCAUACGCGCGAUCCUCUCCGCCAUAGGAUGGAGAUAGUGAUCGAGAACCCCGUGGAAUCGCCACCACCGCCGCCUCCUCCGCCGCCCCCGUUACAGCCGCUGACCAUGUCUUCGUGGAACGCCAUCGUCACGGCUUCAUCGACCACUACGUUUUCUUCGUCCAACGCCGUGGCAUGCACCUCGAUGCCAGCUGCUACGGCCGUGAUGACGAUAACCAUCGCCGAAAAUCCCACCGCAACUCCCAGCUACCCACCCCCUGUACGAUUUUCUUAUCGAGAAACGUACGCGACCAAUUCGCUUCCGUUCGCCGGCGAUCCGUACUCUGUGCGCCGCGGUCAACCUCGAGGAAGGUCGUACGAUGAUCCAGACGGAGCUUCACCGACGGUUCGACGCAUCGACAAGUCUGGACUGUUAGGUAUUACCGAACCGGAGGCGUCCACCUUAAGAACCGGCUUGAGAUCGCCAAGAUUCCUUUCCGGAAUGAACAGCGUCGUUUCCGGGAUGCUGUCGCCUCGAAGAUUCGAAUGUAUCGGACAACUGGAUCCGGUACCAGAGAUCCCAGGACAAAUCAGCCGGGCAAACGUGGCGCCUGGCGUCUGUAACGCGUUCCCCGUCGCGUCCACGACCAACGUUCCUCUGAUCGGUAUGGCGUCGAUGAUCGGACACGAAAGAAGAGACGGAUCUCGAUUAGAUUCCUGCGAAACGUUGUCCGUCGUUGACCUGGCCAGGCCAACGAAGUCAGUUUCCUUCGACUCUCUCGAACCUCGUCACAGAAUCGAUCACACGGACGCGGGAACCACGUUACAGACUUUCGACCGUAAUCUCGAUGGAAUCGAGCCUGCGAAUUUGGACGUAUCUGGCUACGCUUCGUCGUUCCAAUUGCAAGAAAAUUGCGAAGCUAGAGGGCGAACACUGGGACGUUUGUCGAAGUUUGCUCUAGUCAGGAACGAUCACGACAACACAGCGGACAGUAUCGGCAGAUAUUCCGAGACCUGCUGCAAUUUUCCUUUCACCGUUCGCACGGCGACAGCGUUCUCGGGUUUCGAGGGAACCUCGAGUCUGCCGACGACUAGAGUCACCACGACCACUGUGACCACGUCGACGGCGACGGUAGCGGUCUCCGCAAUGCGGGAAACGGAUGCGAAUGAGAAACAGGAAGAUGUCGAGGGGUCCAACAAUCGCGCGCCGGAAGAGGUAAGAGCGGAAGCGGAGGGCUGCGAGCACGGGUCGACGAGGAACCUAAUGAAAGAUGGGGAAUCCUCGGAGAGAACUGACGAAUUCGCGGACAACGACGGGAUCCAAACGCUACGAGUGAUCAUUUUGUCGGAACAAUUGUGAAACCUAGAGAGCAGCUGAUAAUUUAGAUGGAAGAAGAAGGUCAAACUCAUUUCUCGCCGACCGAUAUAUUGUUCGAUGUGUAUUAUAUUUAAGUAGCAUGUAAGUACAAACCGCGACGAAGAUGGACGAUCGAGUCUUGAGAGAGAAAAGAAUCUCGCAUGAAGGCUGACGCGAUGCCAUAAGAGGCCAUAAACCUUUUCGAGAAGCAAAAUCGAAGAAAAAAUCUCGUGGAACGUCGAAGCUUGAACGUGUCUCGCUGUUCUUAAUAGAACUCGACACGUUCGAGUUGCGACGCGUUUACGCAUUUUGUACUUUUAUAUCGUGGACGAUGCCGCCGACUCGAGUGAUGAUCCCCGCGGUUCCGGCGAUCGGGGACGAUCUUUUCUGUAAAUGUACCAUAACUCGACUGCGCCGUGACGCGCUUAUUAACUUAAGCAAUAAGUCUGACGUUCGACAGCGACGCGUAGAUGAUACGCGCAUUUUUUCAAGUCGAGAAUCGUCGCGUUUUCGAUGAAAAAAAGAAAACGCACGCGCGAUCGUUUUCGCCUGGCUGGAACUUUCGAGCGUUCGUCUGUUGUAAAUAACGGUAAACGUAUCAGUACUUAACGAAGUGGGACACGGCCGCGGACAGGGCCCGAGGGAUUCCAAAGAAAUCUGAGAGCGCCUCGUUCUCCUUUCGUUCCGUGUAUUCAAUACGAACGAGAACGAGGGGAGAAGGACGAUUAACCAACCGAAGAGAAAGUGGAAUGCUCGGAUGGCCCGUUACGUUCUCGUGUCUCGCGUUAGAACACCGCGGAGGGAAUACGCGGUUUCAGCCCGAACUAACGAUAGCUACGCUUUUAACGUUGAAAGGAUAUUUCUUGGCUCGUGCAUCUACCGUGCGUCCCUUUAGUUUUGUAGUAUUAACGCGGCGCGUUUAGAAAUCUCGCGUACGUAGCGACCUUCGUUGAAGUCCUUAUUUUUGUACCGCUCUUGCGAACGCCGCCGACGUUCGCCGAAAAAUCGUGUUUCAAUUCGUGUUCUAGUACUCGUGUCAAAUAUACGCGCGCUAUUAGAGAGACCGCAGAGAUAUAGAGAUAAGGAAAGAGAGGAAGAGAGCGAGCAAAGGAAAAGGAGAGAUAUAAACAGGACCAGCCGGAUCGUACGCGUUCGUUCCUUUCGACUUGUGAUCUCAUUUCUUCGCCGAGAUACGAACAUGAUUUCUUUUUUAACGUUCGGGAGAACGGGCGAGCUUUUUUAUCGACCGCGGGACGGUGUCUCCUUUAUUUGCUGCUAAUAGAAUUUCUUUUUACUUCUUGUUCCGAUAUUCCAUAUAUGUAUAUACAUAUAGACCGUUUCAUUUCCGAGAUUAUAUAUCUUGGAGUUUCAUUUACCUUUUUAAACGCAACAAUUCGCGAACAAAGGAAAAAAUACAGCUCAGUGUAAAUUUUCCGCCGUUCCUCGAAUCUUCAACCGUCUCCGGAAGCGAUGGGAAAUCACCGUUCUUCCGCUUCUCAACGACAAACCGAUCGAUUGGCCGACCGACCAAAUAUUGUAUCGUUUCCGAAACUGAAAGCGUAUCGCGAUAAGACACACGUUGUCAAAUAGGUCUCUACCGUACCAUAUGUCGGUUCAAGUGAUUGUUACGCGUGCGAUCGCGUGGUUACGCGCAUUGACAAGGCGCUCGAAGUGUUGCGAUGCGCGCGCACCACGGACGCACGCGUGUCGCGUGCAAAUUUGAAAUUGAUAUAUAUCGAUCGACACAUAUGCAUAUAUAUCAAUUAUCGUCCAUUAUAGUUACGAUAUUAUUACGAAUUAUUAUUUGUACAAAUUUUAUGUUGCGAUAUAAAAUAAACGAUAAAACGACAAA